AUGGCGGCCCAAGGCAAUAUGCACAAUCUAACAACUCUUAUCAAGAGACUGGAAGCUGCCACUUCACGACUUGAAGACAUUGCAACCGCCAUCGAUGGUCCAGGAGCUACUGCAGCAAAUGGAGUUGUUCCUGCUCUCUCACCGUCGUCCGCUGCUGGCACCCCUGAGCAGGUAGCGGCCCCUCCAGAACCUUUACCAAAGUCGGUAGACGCCUUCAAUCAGAUAAUCGAGGAAGACGUUGUGGCUUUUGUCAAGGCUAGCGAGAAGAUUGGUGGUCUUGUGGAGGAACAAGCAAAGGCUGUCAAGGCGGCAUUCGAAGCUGAACGGACAUAUCUGCAUGUCGCCGCAAAGGCAAAGAAGCCUGAUCCGCAACCUCCUGAGUUGAUGACUGAACUCCACCGGCAUACUUCCACUGUCGACGAAAUCCGAGAAGCUAACCGACCGUCUCCUUUGUUCACCCACCUGAGUGCCGUUUCAGAAGGUAUCGUGGCCUUGGGCUGGAUUGUGGAGAAGAGACCAGGUGAUUUUGUGACGGAUACUCUCGGAGGAGCUCAGUAUUAUGGAAACAAGAUUCUGAAAGAGUACAAGGACAAGGACAAGUCACACGUCGAAUAUAUCCAGGCUUACUACAAGGUCUUUCGCUCCCUUGCCGCAUACGUGAAAGAGCACUUCCCCACUGGUCUCACGUGGAACACCAAGGACGGCAUUGAUGCUCUCGAAGCUCUGAAGCAAAUACAGUCUGGCACAGCAACUCCAAAAGCACCAAUGGCUGCUGCUGGAGGUCCUCCGCCUCCUCCGCCGCCGCCACCUCUCCCGAAAUUCGACGAUGAUGGUCCACCAGCUCCGCCACUACCACCACCAGGAGCCGCUGCGCAAGGCGGAGACAUGUCGGCGGUCUUCGACCAGAUCAAUCAAGGUUCUUCUGUCACUGCAGGACUGAGAAAGGUCGACAAAUCAGAAAUGACUCAUAAAAACCCGUCACUACGAGGCAGCUCUACUGUGCCGCAUCGAUCCGAAUCCCAGACGUCAGUUACGGGACGUGGCAAGUCUCCAGUUCCCAACAAGAAACCUGACAGCAUGAGGUCUAAGAAGCCAGGCCGGAAGGAGCUGGAUGGGAACAAGUGGAUUGUCGAGAACUUCGAAAACACUCAGAAUGAGGUCAUUGAGAUUGCGGCCGAACUCAAUCACAGCAUCCUGAUUUCCAAGUGCAACAAAUGUGUCCUGAAGGUCACCGGCAAGGCCAAUGCGAUUUCUAUCGACAACUGCACAAGUCUCUCAAUACUGGUAGACUCGUUAGUCUCCAGCCUCGACGUGAUCAAAGCCCCCAAGAUCCAGAUCCAGGUUGAUGGAGUGGUCCCGACUAUUCUCCUCGACCAGGUGGACGGUGCUCAGAUCUAUCUGUCAAACCAAAGCCUGGGGACGGAGAUUUUCACCAGCAAAUGCAGCGCCAUCAAUGUUGUGUUGCCUCCCAAGGAUGAAUCAGAAGACGACAGCAAGGAAUUGCCGUUCCCCGAGCAGAUACGCAGUGUGAUCAAGAACGGGAGCCUUGUCAGCGAGAUUGUGGAACAUGCAGGUUAA